CAUCUCUAACUGUGCUGGUGGCUCCUCGUUCCUGCUUCUCUUUGUCCUCAGCAAACGUAUAAAUUUCACAGCUUUGACAAGCGGCUGCCGCCACCAGUUUCUUCGAUCUUUUAUUGACACAACCUGCAACAUGGACAUGGAGGAUUCCCUUGUUAAUGGAGGUGUGCUGAUUGUGCACGAAAUCCACGAGGGGAAGCACCACUAUGAAGUGGGAAAAGUGGUCAAGCACAAAAAAGAGAUGGGAAAGAAAAUGUUUGUCAGAAAAGGAGACAAGCUGAUGGAGAUAAAUGGGGUUGACCUGCAGGAUCUAGAACCCGAGGAACUGGCCCAAAGAAUGUCUGAAGGGAAUCCAAUGCUGUCAGUUCACAAGCCAGGAAAAACAAGUGAAAAAAAUGAGCAGCUGAGCCUCGAUGAAGACACCUUGCAACCCUACAACAAGGAGGUCACUGUUCUGAGUUUUUCCUGGGAGAUGAAAAAGGAGGAAGAUAAUGGAGAAGAAGAUGGAAAUGAGACAAUAGAUUCAGAGGGAGAUGCGUGCCAAGAUAAGAACAAGGAGAAUAUGGAGGGUGACCUCCUUCUAAUUCACAUGACAAACACCAGCAUCUCUGUGGUGAGAGGCAGGGGCUGCGAUGUCGGCAGUCCCUGUGAUGGGUGUCAUGGGACAGGAUGCACCCUCAAUGACAUUGUGGUGGUGGCAGAAUCCAGCACAGUGACACUUGUUCCCCGAGGAGAUGUCAGUUUCAGACAGGAAAAGCUGUCAGAUGUCUUGAUAAGACAUGUGCCGACUCAUCGCUAUCUCAGAUGUCUCUGCUCUGAGAAGACUGUCUACUCUUCACCAAAUCCAGUGAAGAUCACAAUCUACUACUACAAGUCAAAUGCCAUGGAUAAGUUGUUCAGAGGAAUUGCAGUGGUUCUAAACCUCACUGGUUCCAACUGCUUUCUCAGGUGCUGCAAGGAAGGGGAUAGGGUGCUCCUACAAACAGAGACAUGUGAAAAGCAGAAGCUGAGACAGAUCUCCAAGAAGGAUAAGUGCACCCUCUCCUUUGUCUUCUACAUGAAAGCUGACCGCACAAAACAGCGAAAAUUUGAAUCUGCGCUCCACAAAGGCUGGUUCAUCCAUUUAGCCAACACAGACUUGGUGGAAAUGGCUGAGAUGGAUGGAGGAUGUGGAGAUUCAUCAUUCCUCUUUAUUAUUCAGAAGUGAAAGAGGGUUGUUUUCUACAGACUUGUACUCACUGCUAAGCCAUCACAUAAUUUGGAAAUAACAGAAAGCACAGUCAUGACCCAUCUAAGUUAGUGACGAAUAAUUAAGUCAGGGUGUGAAGCUCUGGUUUGAUGGAUGUGUAGAGAUGUGUCAUACAGUUUUUUUUUUUACCAUUGUUACACUUCAGGCUUCUUUGUUGUUGUUGUGUAUCAUUAAAAUUUCAAAGUAUUUGCAAAAAA